CGAGGCGAGGCCGGAGCCCGGCGCGGCGCGGCGACCCGAGGCCCGAGAUGGUGAUCUGCUGCGCGGCCGCGAACUGCUCCAACCGGCAGGGCAAGGGGGAGAAACGCGCCGUCUCCUUCCACAGGUUCCCCCUCAAGGACUCGAAGCGUCUGAUCCAGUGGCUAAAAGCGGUUCAGAGGGACAACUGGACCCCCACCAAGUACUCCUUUCUGUGCAGCGAGCACUUCACCAAAGACAGCUUCUCCAAAAGGCUGGAGGACCAGCACCGCCUGCUCAAGCCCACGGCCGUGCCCUCCAUCUUCCACCUGGCUGAGAAGAAGAGGGGGGCAGGAGGCCAUGGGCGCCCCAGGAGAAGGGACAACAGGAAGGCCUCGGGGGCCCCGAGGGGCCGGGUGAGCGAAGCAGAUGUGAAGGGAGCUGCGGGGCCGUCGGCAUCGACCUCAAGUGAGAGCCUGAUGGCCAAGCCAGAGCCCCGCAAGGGGAAGCGAGCCCCCCCAAAGCGGGAGACGGCCCCCAGGGCCUCCCCAGAGGCUGCAGGCCGGGAGCUGGUGCAGCCGCCUGUGGAAGGAGCCUCGGGAGAAGGAGCCGGCCCCGAGCCGGGCGGCCAGGUCGACACAGGGGCGGCUGCUGGUGAGGAGACCGCCCCCGCCCCUGCCGGGGGACUGGUCGACAGAAGUGGCAUCUCCAUGGAUGACUUUAGCCCCCCAGGAUCAGGGGCCUGCAAAUUCAUUGGCUCGCUCCAUUCCUACAGUUUCUCCUCCAAGCACACCCGAGAGAGGCCCUCUGUCCCCCGGGAGCCCGUCGACCGAAAAAGGCUGAAGAGAGACGUGGAGCCCGGCUGCAGUGGGACCCGCCCAGGGCCGGACAAGGGCUUGGCUCAGAAUCCCCCUAGUCCGUCCCUCACGGCGACGCCGCAGAAGCCCUCCCAGAGCCCCUCGGCGCCCCCCACCGAUGUCACCCCGAAGCCGGCCUCAGAAGCCGUGCAGAGCGAGCACAGCGACGCCAGCCCCAUGUCCAUCAACGAGGUCAUCCUGUCGGCGUCGGGGGCCUGCCGGCUCAUCGACUCCCUGCACUCCUACUGCUUCUCCUCCCGGCAGAACAAGAGCCAGGUGUGCUGCCUGCGGGAGCAGGUGGAGAAGAAGAACGGCGAGCUCAAGAGUCUGCGCCAGCGGGUCAGCCGCUCCGACAGCCAGGUGCGCCGGCUGCAGGAGAAGCUGGACGCGCUGCGGCGGGUGAGCGAGCCCUUCCUGAGCGGCCUGCUGCCCCCCAGCCGAGAGCCCCCCAAGAUGAGCCCAGUGGUGGAGCCGCUGUCCUGGAUGCUGGGCACCUGGCUGUCGGACCCGCCAGGCGCCGGCACCUUCCCCACGCUGCAGCCCUUCCGCUACCUGGAGGAGGCGCACAUCUCGCACGUGGGCCAGCCCAUGCUGAACUUCUCGUUCAAUGCUUUCCACCCUGACACCCGCACGCCCCUGCACCGCGAGUGCGGCUUCAUCCGGCCCGAGCCUGAUACCAACAGGGUGGCCUUUGUCAGCGCCCAGAACACAGGCAUCGUGGAGGUGGAGGAAGGCGAGGUGAACGGGCAGGAGCUGAGCGUGGUGUCCCACUCCGUGGCCAGGAUCUCCUUUGCCAAGGAGCCCCAUGUGGAGCAGAUUACCCGAAAAUUCAGGCUGAAUUCUGAAGGCAAACUUGAACAGACCGUCUCCAUGGCAACCACUACCCAGCCCAUGACUCAGCAUCUUCACAUCACCUACAGGAAGGUGGCCCUGUGACCAGGCGGGCCUGGCCUCCGUGGGGUCCGGCCAGUGUGGGUGCACGCGGGCCUCAGGGGGCCCCAGUGUCGCCAGUGACCCUGUCACGGCGUAGAAAAACCAAAUAAAAGGUCUUUAUUUUUAU